AUGGGAAAUGGUUCGGUGAAACCCAGGUACCUGAAGAGGUCGGAUAGCCAUGUCGGAACCUGUCCUUUCGGUUGUUCCAGUUGCGGCAAGAUCCUGAAAGACCCGGGGCUGAGCAUCAGUACAAUAACAGGAGCUGCAGAUAUCCUGAGAGGCAAGAUUUGGGAGCUUGAGAAAGAGCUGAAGAGGCAGGAGGAAGAGUUACACGAAAGGAACUAUCACAUCUUAGAGCUUCAGGAGCAACUCGCCAAACAGACUAAGACCAUCGGAGACCUUACCGAGGAGCUCAAGUGUAAAUGCAUCCAGCUGAACAAGCUACAAGAUGUCGUGGUCACUCAAGGGACAAAUCCUUUCCUUUUCCCCAGCCUUACAGAGACACCCAGGGCCAGCCAUGUGGCAGGCAGCAAUAGGAGGAGGGGAGCCAAAGAAGGGGUAUCUGCCGAGCCGACCACCCGAACAUACGACCUAACUGAGCAACCUCGAUUUUCUUUCGAAAAAGCCAGAGUCCGAAAAGCCUCAAGCGAGAAGAAGCUAAUCACAGAUGCCCUGAGUAGAAACCAAUUUCUUAAAAGGCUGGACCCUCAGCAGAUCAGAGACAUGGUGGAGUGUAUGUACGGAAGGACAUAUCAGCAAGGAAACUACAUCAUUAAACAAGGAGAACCUGGCAACCAUAUAUUUGUCCUGGCAGAAGGCAGAUUGGAGGUUUAUCAGCAUAGCAAAUUUCUGUCAUCAAUCCCCGUAUGGACAGCCUUUGGAGAACUGGCUAUUUUAUAUAAUUGUACAAGGACAGCCUCAGUAAAAGCUGUCACCAGUGUGAAAACAUGGGCAUUAGACAGAGAGGUUUUCCAAAACAUCAUGAGAAGAACAGCUCAAGCAAGGCAUGACCAAUAUAGAAACUUUCUGAGAAGUGUUUCUUUACUGAAGAAUUUACCCGAAGAUAAACUAACCAAGAUUAUAGACUGCUUGGAAGUGGAAUACUAUGACAAAGGUGAUUAUGUUAUCCGGGAAGGAGAGGAAGGAAGUACUUUUUUCGUUAUAUCCAGGGGAAAGGUUAAGGUUACCCAGACCCCAGAAGGGCAGACCCAGCCUCAGUUGAUUAAAACGUUGCAGAAAGGAGAUUCUUUUGGAGAAAAGGCCUUGAUCAGUGAUGAUGUUAGGUCUGCUAAUAUAAUUGCAGACGAAAACGAUGUGGAGUGCCUCGUUAUUGACAGAGAAACUUUUAAUCAAACGGUUGGAACGUUUGAAGAACUGCAAGCAUACCUUGUGGGUUACGUGGCAACUUUGGCUCGAGAUGAUGAAAAAAGGCACGCUCAAGUCUCUUCCGUGGAGCGACUCCCUCGUGAUCUCUCUCUGGAGAUGAUUCAGUUGACAGAAAAAGUUACCCAAUUUCCUGCCUCCUGCCCUUUUCAGCACCUGGAAAUUGUUGCGACUUUGGGUGUUGGUGGAUUCGGAAGAGUUGAGCUUGUGAAAGUUAAGAAUGAGAACAUAGCAUUUGCCAUGAAAUGCAUUAAGAAGAAGCACAUAGUGGAUACCAAGCAACAGGAACAUAUUCAUUCCGAAAAGAAAAUUCUAGAAGAGGCCUGUUCGCCAUUCAUUGUGAAGUUGUAUCGUACCUUCAAAGACAACAAAUACGUUUAUAUGCUCUUAGAAGCCUGUCUUGGUGGUGAACUAUGGAGCAUCCUCAGGGACAGGGGUAGUUUUGAUGAAACCACUACAAAGUUCUGUGUUGGGUGUGUGACAGAAGCUAUUGAAUAUUUGCAUUCUAUGAGUAUAAUCUACAGGGAUUUGAAACCAGAAAAUUUAAUUUUGGAUGCCCAGGGUUAUAUAAAGUUGGUUGACUUUGGGUUUGCUAAGAAGAUCAGAGCAGGGCAGAAGACCUGGACCUUCUGUGGGACUCCUGAAUAUGUCGCACCUGAAGUCAUUUUGAAUAAAGGCCAUGAUUUCAGUGUGGAUUUUUGGUCCCUCGGAAUCCUUGUGUAUGAACUGCUUACAGGAAAUCCUCCCUUUACUGGAAUCGAUCAAAUGAUGACCUAUAAUUCGAUUUUAAAAGGCGUUGAGCGACUGGAUUUCCCCAGAAUAGUAACCAAGCGCCCUGAGGAUUUGAUUCGACGGCUUUGCAGACAAAGUCCUACAGAGAGAUUAGGAAAUCUGAAGAAUGGAAUCCAUGACAUUAAGAGGCACAGGUGGCUGAAUGGUUUUAACUGGGAAGGACUCAAAGCAAUGAAGUUGUCAUCACCCCUAAAAAGAGAGCUUUCAGGUCCUAUGGACUACAGCCACUUUGACAGAUAUCCACCUGAACAGGGAGUUCCGCCCGAUGAACUUUCAGGCUGGGAUAAAGAUUUCUAA